UUAGCAUUGGAUUUAUCUGUUUGUUUUCUUGUAUUAGAGAACAGAGUUAACUGUGGAAAGAGACAAUGGGAAUCAUAGAAGAAGGAACAAUCUCAGGUACCUUGCCUAGCAAGGAGGCGUUUGUUGUACACUUCCCUGGUUACCCAUCUUCUAUUUCCCGAGCUAUUGAAACACUUGGAGGUAUCCAAGGAAUUUCACAAGCAAGGGAAUCAAUUUCAAAUAAGCUUGAGCUGCGUUUCCGGCCUGAAGAUCCUUAUGCACAUCCUGCAUUGGGUGAACAACGUCCUUGCUGUGGUUUUUUGUUAAGAAUUUCUAAGCAGGAUAUCAAGAAACCAGAAAGUCAGCCUGUUCUUGACACUAGUAGUGAUGUAUGUUUAGAGGGAGCUAGUCCAGCUCUAUGUGCAGAUAUCGUAGCUCGUGUGUCUGAAUCGUUUCACUUUGAUGGCAUGGCUGAUUAUCAGCAUGUUAUUCCAAUUCACGCGGACAUUGCGCAGCAGAAAAAGAGAAAGUGGAUGGAUGUUGAUUCCCUUACAGGAAACAGUGAUUUGAUGGGCCUUGCUGAUGAAGAUGUGAUGAUGUUAUUGCCACAGUUCUUUGCACCCAAAGAUAUACCAGACAAUGUGGCGUUGAAACCUCCGGCAGCAUCUGGUCCUAAAAAGAAAGAUGAUGCGGCAACUCAGAACUUUUAUGAGAUCCCAAAGAAACUGAAGUGGGAAGACUUUGUUUCUCGCAGCUCCAACCACUGGCAAUGGCAGGUAUCAGUGUCUGCAUUGUUUGAGGAGCGGCCUAUAUGGACAAGGGAUUCUGUGGUUCAACGACUACUUGAUAAAGGUCUUAAAUGUACACAUCAUAUGUUAAACAGGUUUCUGCUCAGGGCUGCGUAUUAUUUCUCCAGUGGUCCGUUUCUUAGGUUCUGGAUUAAAAGAGGCUAUGAUCCACGGAAUGAUCCUGAGUCUCGUGUAUAUCAGAGAAUGGAAUUUAGGGUUCCUCCUGAAUUACGGAGUUAUUGUGAUGCCAAUGCAACUAACAGCUCAAAGCCAAGCUGGAACGACAUUUGUGCUUUUAAGUUAUUUCCUUUCAAAUGCCAAACGUUUCUGCAGUUGUUUGAACUUGACGACGAGUACAUCCAGCGAGAGAUAAGAAAGCCUCCCAAGCAAACUACUUGUAGCCAUAAAUCAGGAUGGUUUUCUGAAGCUCUGCUUGAUACUUUGAGACUCCGUGUAGCUGUGAGGUUUGUGUCUGUCUUUCCUGAGCCAGGUUUCGAAGAUGUAUUUAAAUCCAUUCAAGAAGAAUUUGAGAGGUCAGAAAAAGUACAAAGUCAGAAAGAGACACUUAAACCAUCUUUAGUGAAGCACCGGGAGGCAACUAAAAGCUCUGAAGACAUGGAAAAGUGUAAAAGUGUAAACGAAGAUGUUGAUGCUAAUGUUAACGAGGAUGGAGAUGAUGAAAAUCUGGAUGACGAAGAUGAUGAUGAAGAAGAAGAAGAAGAAGUCGAUAUGGCUGCAGGAGACAAUGAGAUAUCUCUCGGUUCCCAUGGAUAUCUUGAUACUGAGAACAGCUCCAGGACGUAUCUGCAAGGCUUGUUCGAUAGUUUUCCAACCAGUGAACCUGGUUUAUAUGGAGACUUUGCUGUUGACGAUGGGAGUGAUGGAGAGUUUCAGAUAUACGAGGAAGAAUCUGAGGGAUUGUAUUCCAUUGAUGAUGACGACGACGAUGAUGAUGACUGAUGCGUAAAGAUCAUCAUUCCACAUCACAGGUACUGUUUCUUGUUUUCAUCCAUAAUCUCGUGAUUGGUGAUUUUCACAUUACCUUUUUGUUGUUUCGUUUGUGAUGUUUCAGGUGAAGUAUAAGGCUUUUGUUCUUAUGAAUCUUGGUCCAGAAAUGACAUCACCAGGCCUGAGCUCCAUAAAUUGGUUGCAAAUUG